UCGAAGUGCGUGCCAUGGUCACUUCAGACCCGUUCCCCAGUUUCAAGGCAUCAACCGACCAGCAGUGGUCACAGAUGCGGCGAUUCCGGCUCCUCGAGCUCCAUUCCCUCCGUCCAGACGGCCGGUGGUACUUUGUCGGCCGCGGUGGCGAGGAUCCGCACGACUCUGAACAAAGGAGGGUAUAAGAUCUCAGACAUAGAACACUACCCUCGCGAAACCGACAC